AUGGUCGACGAUAGAGGCACCAGACUCCUCGCCGUAACAUGGUCUCUCUGUGUCGCUAGCGCUACGCUGCUUUCAUUGCGUAUCUAUUGUAAGCUAUGGCGUGGACGUGGUUUAUGGUGGGAUGACCAUCUCUUGAUUGCGUCAAUGGUGUCACUGGUGAUAUCCAUCUCGAUAAACUCCUACAUCGUCUCUCUCGGAUUUGGACGCCAUAUCGAUACGAUCAGUAGCGAUAACCUCAAGCUCAUCAACCUCAAUACGAUCCUCGUCGCCACGUUCGGAAUCAUCGCAACGACGACUAGCAAAAGCUCAUUCGCCCUGACACUGUACCGCAUCGUCACGAACCAAUGGUUGAAAUACUUUCUCAUCUUCAUCAUCGUUUCCAUCAACAUCUCGAUGAACUUGGUAUGGAUCUUUGGCUUCGCCAAAUGCACACUGUUGCAACGAGUAUGGGACAGCAGCGUGCCGGGGAGUUGCUGGGAUAAGAAGAAGCUCGUCAAAUUCCAGUUGUUUGCUGCCUAUUACUCCGCCAUUCUCGAUUUCGUUUUGGCAUUCCUGCCGUGGCCAAUUCUCAUGGGCGCAACGAUGCGGCGUCGCGAAAGGCUUGGUGUCGCCGUAGCAAUGAGCUUGGGUGCUAUUGCCGGAAUAUGCGGCAUCGUGAAAGCUGUCCUGGUGGUCAACAUGACGAGUCCAGACAUCACCUACGAGCGCGUUGACCUUACGAUCUGGACUUUGACAGAACCUGCCGCCUCGAUCAUGGCAGUGUCUAUCCCAGUUUUGAGAAUGUUGUACCGAGAGCUCAAGUCAACUCAACGAAGUUAUGCACGAAACAAGUCACAAUCGCAUGCACUCGACACAGGAACGAGGAAGGAGGUCAGAUCAACGAAGAGAUAUGGCCCGGGGUCACAAUACGGCCGGAAUUCUGUUGUUGUCAUGUCCACCGGAGGAUGGCAAGAAUCGCAGGAAGCCCUCCAAGAGGCGGAGGGCGGCCAGGCAUCGCCGCUCCCGGGCAUGAACGGCAUCAUCAAGACCGAAGAAGUGAGAGUGCGGCAUGAAAGAUUAACAGGACUCAGUGAAGGCGAAAGCUCAAUUGAGCUCGACUCGCUCAAGGAGGGUCAUAGAUGA